CGCUUCUCACUUGACUUUGAGUGUCCGGCGGUCGCUGGAGCCGGGAGGCGGAGGCAAGUGAGGCAGCCGGGCUCAGCCCACACCCCUCACCAGGAGGCACCAUGUGGCGAUGUCCACUGGGGCUGCUGCUGCUGCUGCUGCUGGCUGGCGAGUUGGCCCUGGGUGCCCGGCGGGGUCGUGGGCGCCGGGAGCUUGCACCGGCUCUGCACCUGCGGGGCAUCCGGGAUGCGGGUGGCCGGUACUGCCAGGAGCAGGACCUGUGCUGCCGUGGCCGUGCCGAUGACUGCGCCCUGCCCUACCUGGGUGCUACCUGUUACUGUGACCUCUUCUGCAACCGCACCGUCUCCGACUGCUGCCCUGACUUCUGGGACUUCUGCCUCGGCGUGCCACCCCCCUUUCCCCCCAUCCAAGGAUGUAUGCACAGGGGUCGCAUCUAUCCAGUCUUGGGAACCUACUGGGACAACUGUAACCGGUGCACCUGCCAGGAGAAAGGGCAGUGGGAGUGUGACCAGGAGCCAUGCCUGGUGGACCCAGACAUGAUCAAGGCCAUCAACCAAGGCAACUAUGGGUGGCGGGCUGGGAACCACAGUGCCUUCUGGGGCAUGACCCUGGAUGAGGGCAUUCGAUACCGCCUGGGCACCAUCCGCCCAUCUUCCUCCGUCGCCAAUAUGAAUGAGAUUCAUACAGUACUGGGCCCAGGGGAGGUGCUGCCCAGAGCCUUCGAGGCCUCUGAGAAGUGGCCCAACCUGAUCCACGACCCUCUGGAUCAAGGCAACUGUGCAGGCUCCUGGGCCUUCUCCACGGCAGCCGUGGCGUCAGAUCGAGUCUCAAUCCAUUCUCUGGGGCACAUGACACCUGUCCUAUCGCCCCAGAACCUGCUGUCUUGUGACACGCACAACCAGCAGGGUUGCCAAGGUGGGCGUUUGGAUGGUGCCUGGUGGUUCCUGCGACGACGAGGGGUGGUGUCUGACCACUGCUACCCAUUCUCUGGCCACGAGCGGAAUGAGGCUGGCCCUGCACCCCGCUGCAUGAUGCACAGUCGAGCCAUGGGUCGGGGCAAGCGCCAGGCUACUGCCCGCUGCCCUAAUAGCUAUGUCCACGCCAAUGACAUCUACCAGGUCACUCCUGCCUACCGCCUUGGCUCCAACGAGAAGGAUAUCAUGAAGGAGCUGAUGGAGAACGGCCCCGUUCAAGCCCUCAUGGAGGUGCACGAGGACUUCUUCCUAUACCAGAGCGGCAUCUACAGCCACACACCUGUGAACCACGGGAGGCCGGAGAGAUACCGCAGGCAUGGGACCCACUCGGUCAAGAUCACAGGGUGGGGCGAGGAGACGCUGCCGGAUGGAAGGAUGCUCAAAUACUGGACGGCGGCCAACUCCUGGGGCCCAGGCUGGGGCGAGAGGGGCCACUUCCGCAUCGUGCGCGGCGCCAACGAGUGCGACAUCGAGAGCUUCGUGCUGGGCGUCUGGGGCCGCGUGGGAAUGGAGGACAUGGGUCACCCCUGAGGCCGCGGGCACCACGCUGGGAAGAGCCCCCUGUGGGGCGGCAGCCUCCGCCCCCCGCCCGCUUGCCCGACGGAGCUCUGGCGCCAGGGGUCUAAUCCCCGCAGGUUCGCUGACACAGCGCCCUGCCUGGGAGCCGCGGGCAGGCAAGGCUGGUGGAGCCCCCAGACCUCCCAGCCGGGACAGAGCAGGGCCUGGCGGGGGUGGAGUAAGACCCCCACGCAAGACCACUGAAGCCAGGACACCCCCAAGUCUCGGGCCCCACCACCCCACCCUUGUACUCUUAUUCUUCAAAGGUAUUUAUUUUUCUUUUCACUAUUUUAAA